GUGGUUUAAAUAUUCAUUGGUCGUUGGCUAAUAUUUUUUUGUGGUGGUCGUGCUGUGUUAUAUUUUGUGAAAAUUUGUGAUGGUUUUGCAAUAAGUAAUAAUUUAUUCAUAAGGAGGUGAUACGAGUGCAAUGCAGCUGCCGCCGCCAUCCGCGCCGCCAGCGCCCCCCGCGCCUCUCCCGCCUCACACGCCCCACGCGCUCACGCCAGGUGGCUUUUUAGCCGCGCCAGUGUACGACUUGCAGCAAGUCGGAGACGUAUUCACAGGUCCAGGCGCGAAAUGUUCGACGCUGCCGGCGAUCCUGGGCGGAUCACUACCACGACUGUCGGGCGAACAGGCAGAGGCCGUGGCGCGCGCCAAGAAGUACGCGAUGGAGCAGAGCAUCAAGAUGGUCCUCAUGAAGCAGACUCUCGCGCACCAGCAGCAGCAGAUGGCAUCCCAGCGCACGCAGGUGCAGCGGCAGCAGGCGCUCGCGCUCAUGUGCAGAGUGUACGUGGGAUCGAUAUCGUUCGAGCUGAAGGAGGACACCAUCAGGCAGGCGUUCCUGCCGUUUGGGCCUAUCAAGUCCAUCAACAUGUCCUGGGACCCAGUCACGCAGAAACAUAAAGGGUUCGCGUUCGUCGAAUACGAGAUUCCAGAGGCGGCUCAGCUCAGUCUCGAACAGAUGAACGGUGUUAUGCUCGGGGGCAGGAAUAUAAAGGUGGUGGGUCGUCCCUCGAACAUGCCGCAGGCGCAGGCAGUCAUCGACGAGAUCCAGGAGGAGGCCAAACAGUACAACCGCAUAUAUGUCGCCUCCAUACACCCCGAGCUCUCAGAGGAUGAUAUUAAAAACGUGUUCGAGGCGUUCGGUCCGAUAACGUACUGCAAACUCGCGUAUGGCGCAUCGGCCCACAAGCACAAGGGGUACGGGUUCAUCGAGUACGCCACUCUCGGCGCCGCGCUUGAAGCCAUCGCCUCUAUGAACCUGUUCGACCUCGGCGGACAGUACCUGCGCGUCGGCCGCGCCAUCACACCGCCCAAUGCGCUCGCCGGCCCGCCGCACGUUUCAGCGAUGCCCACCGCAGCCGCUGUGGCCGCUGCCGCCGCCACGGCCAAGAUACAGGCGAUGGAUGCCGUGGCCAGUAACGCGGUGGCGCUGGGGCUGACCAAGCUGAACGCGCUGGGCGUGUCCCCGGCGGCUGCGCUGCCCUCGCUCGCCGCCGCGCUGCCGUCGUUGCCGCUGCCCACGCUGCCCACGAUGCCAACGAUGCCCACGCUACCUCUGCCCGCUACGCUGCCCACCAUGCCCAUGCCGCUGCCGCUGCCCACCGCCACAAUACCCCCGCCUGCCGCCGUCAUACCUCCGCCCGGAGUUGUCAUACCGCCCCCGCCCGUUGCCUCCAGACUUGAGGCGGGCGCGGAAGCGGGCGGUGGCGGACGCGAGAGUGGUGGCGGUUCGGAGGGCGUGGCGGCGCAGGCGGCGCUGCAGCGCAAACUGCUAGAGUCGUCGCCGGACACGCUGCAGCAGCAGGAGUCGCUGUCCAUCAGCGGGCAGUCGGCGCGCCACCUCGUCAUGCAGCGGCUGAUGCGGCGCCGCGCCUCGCGCACGCUGCUGCUCUGUAAUAUGGUCGCAGCGCACGAUGUCGACGAUGCGCUGCACCACGAGAUACAGGAGGAAUGCUCAAAGUGGGGUAAAGUGGAGCGCCUGGUGAUAUAUAACGAGAGACAGAAUGAAGACGACGACCCCGCCCACGCUAACGUCAAAAUAUUCGUCCAGUUCAAUGAAUCCGAAGAGGCAGCGGCGGCGGCGGGCGCGCUCAACGGUCGAUAUUUCGGGGGUCGCACCGUUCGGGCUGCACUAUACGACCAGGACCUUUUCGACCACGGGGAUCUCUCCGGAUAACAUAUAUAAUUUAGGAUAAUGCAUUAUAAAUAAUAAAUAUUGUUACGCACUC